UGUUAGUGUAGGUAGAUAGUCUGCCAUCCAUCUUCCGUAAGCUGGUAUCUCAGUACCCGCUAAUGGGAAUGGAUUGAAACUUCACACACUUGUCCAUUGUCAUGAGCUAUUAAAUAAAAUCAUGCCCCCUUUUCGACUUUCAUAUUAAUUCAGUUGACAAGCCCCAUGUGGUUCUGGGACGAUCUGUGUAUGAAAAGAAUUGGAACCACUGCCUUACCCUUGCAUGAUCGUAAGAGGCGACUAAUAGGGUCUUAACACUUGGUUUUGCUGUAACUCUGUGAUUCCAGUAGGUAUGCAAAUUUUGAUUCCAUACCUCAUGUAUUUAUUCCGAUGUAAAUGAGAUGUGAAACCAAAAUUUGUAGUCCUGUUUGGCGCCAUAUAACCUAUACUGUGUUGGUGUGCCGUAAAACCCAAAUAAAAUAAAUAAAUUCAAUUGACAAGGCUGUUGAAUAGUUGAGUAUUGCUGCCUUCGACAGUCUUGUCUUGGUUACUUAAACAUAUCUGAAACUACUGGUCAGAAUUACACCAAACUUGGUCAGUAUAAUCUUGGCAUGGACCUGUUAUCCAUCAUUUUCAAAUUAUUCACCAUGGCCGCUUUCAGAGAGCUAAACAUAAAAAAUCCUUUAAAAAAUUUCUUACUGUGAACCACGUGAUGGAAAACGGAUAUAUUCUGAAGCUGAAAAUGAAUUUAUUGUCCACACGGGCAGGAUGUUCCAUAUCGAAAAAAAAAACAGUUCUAAGUAUUUGCUAGAUAAAUUGAAUGAUUUUGUAUUAUACAUAUGUAAAUUCAUAGAUCACCCUAUACAUAGGAAUAGUAUACAUCUUUAAAUGUAGUCGCGGUUCAAUACACAGCGACUUACCUAUUUAAGACUGUUCAUUUUCGUACUAUCAUGUAUGCAGUAAUGAAGAUUUUAUAUUACGUGUGGUUUUCUACAUUUAUCCUGAUACGAGGAUAUGAAAUAACAAUAUUACAUACGAACGACGUGCACGCGAGAUUUGAACAGUUUAACAAAUAUGGGUCACAGUGCUCCGAAGAUGAUGCUAGGGAGGGGAAAUGCUUUGGGGGUGUGGCUAGAAGAUAUACGAAAAUUCAGGAAAUUCGCGGUAGUCAUGACAACGUGUUACUGUUGGAUGCGGGAGACCAGUUUAUGGGAACAACGUGGUUCACUGUUUAUCAAGGGAAUGCAUCAGCUUUCUUUAUGAAUCAACUUGGAUAUGAUGCGAUGUGCCUUGGAAAUCAUGAGUUUGAUCUCGGCGUCAAAGGCUUGGCAACAUUCCUCGACCAGGUUGAGUUCCCAGUUUUAAGCGCUAACACCGACCUGUUACUCAACAAAUUUUCAAAGUCAUGGACAGCGACUGUUGGUGGAGAGAAGAUUGGUAUUGUAGGAUAUACAACACCAGAAACUGUACAAAUAUCAUCCCCAGGAUUAACAGUGCAAUUUAAUGACAUAAUUACGUCUAUUCGAAGUGAAGUAGUGAAGCUACAAAACGAAGGAAUCAACAAGAUUAUAGCUUUAGGACAUGCAGGGUUCAACAUGGAUAAACAAGUGGCAGCUAUUGAUGGGGUAGAUCUUGUAAUAGGAGGACAUUCAGAUACCUUCUUGUAUAGUGGAACGGUUACUGGUGGCGAAGUGUUUUCCGUCAUGCCAUUUAGAAAUGAAAUAGACGUGGUCACAGUUUCCGGUAAAAAUUUUAGAGAACAGCUUGAGCAUUCCGUGCACGAAAUAAAUCGUCAGGAAUCCGAAGGACGUUUUCUUCGAAUGUCUGGUCUCCAUGUUGUUUAUAAUCUACAAAACCCACCUGGACAGCGUGUUAUAUCAGCGGAAGUCAGAUGUUUGAAGUGCGACAUACCGAGUUACUCCCCUUUAAAAGACUACGAGAAUUAUAACAUAUACGUAUCAACCUUUUUGCUCAGUGGCGGCGAUGGAUACAAGUUUUUGCCAUUAAAACAUCAGCUUUUUAACACUCUGGACGUCACAACAGUAUUGGACUAUUUCAGAAAACGUAACCCAGUGUACCCUUCGACGGAACGAAGGAUCCAGUUUCAUACCGACACAGUUUUAUCAGGAUCAGCUAAAUUAUCUUCCCUGUCGUACAUGCUAGCCUUGGAUCUCUUAUUUUCUGUUUAUAUACUGUUUAGAUUUCCGCUUUAAUUGCUAAAUGUAUACUUUGAUAUGAUAACUAACAUGCGGAUUUUGGUCUCUUUGAAUUCUUGUUUAAACAAAUAUUUUACUUAAGUUUGGAAUGAUGAUCAAACGAGUCAUGUUUGGAAGGCUAAAUAUCAGAGAAUAUUGUAACUUAGAUAAACUUUACAACGAAUCCAGUAUUGAGCCCUCAGUUAAGAGACGUAGAAAACAUAAACUUUCCCUUUUGUUUAAAAUGAAAAAUGAACUUGUGCCCAACUACUUAUGUACAUGUAUAUAUUUUUACAUUAUUUUCUUCAUUUUUUUGUGUCGUUUUCUUUUCAUCCGUCUAAACUAGGUUGAAGGAAUACUCAGUUUUCCCUCUAUUAUUUUCCUUUAAGUUUACUUUUCUACAUUGUUUUAAUCAUUCAACAGUACGUAUCUUGUUGCAACCUGUCAUAACAAAAUCUAAUUGUAUGUACACAAAAUGCUUAUUAGGAAAUGGAUUCAGAUAAUUUACUUGUAACUUUUUUCCUAAUCCUAAUUGUAUUUGUUACAAUGAUGUUUAUGUUAUGUUUACUUGAAUGAAAUAAAUACUGUAUAAACUAAAUAUCAGAGAAGAAUUUGUAAAUGUAUAAACUUUAAAAUUUACUCAAGUAUCAGUGUAGACUAAUGAACCAAUAGCGGUUCCCUAAACAAGCAAUUUGAAAGUUAAAGGUAUUUCCAUGAUUUCUAUUGAUGCUACAUGUUAAUUCUUCUUAUUUAUUCACAUGGUAGUUGUCCCUAAUGUAACCGCUUUAUGUAAUUAUGGAAUAAUUCAGUAGCUCGGUAUUUUUAUUUUUUCUUGAUGCACAAGAAACGAGUAGCAAUCAUAUUAAAGUGAAAUGCAUGUGUAUCUAAGCAAUAAAGCACUCUGCAAACAGUUGUUUGGUCAUCU